ACUGCAGGAUAGUAAACAAUCAGCACUCGUCUGGGCAGAGACACUGAUCACUCACACACUGCUGGACCACUCAUGAUCUCGACAUAUGAUCUUUAAUUCACUGACAGCCUUGGACAGAAUUCUGAAGAAGAAAUCCGUGUGCAUUGUGUAUUAUUUUCCAUCCAGAAGUGUCUUUUGUGCGACUGGAAAGAGCCAGAGCUUUGCUUGAUGGGAUACAAAAGGCAGAAGUUUGCGGCUGUCAGUUGGAUUUAAAGAGCCACAGGACACAAGGGCUCAAUGAGUCAGGCUCCAGAGAUGGACUCAAUCGGGCAGACCAUGAUGCAGAACAAAGCUGCUGAGCUGGAGCGCAUGGCUGAAGUCCUCAUUACAGGCGAGCAGUUGAGAUUGCGGCUCCAUGAGGGAAAAGUCAUCAAAGACCGGAGGCAUCAUCUCCGUACCUACCCCAACUGCUUUGUGGCUAAGGAACUUAUUGAUUGGUUGAUUGAGCACAAGGAGGCCUCAGACAGAGACAUGGCUAUCAAGAUCAUGCAGAAGUUGCUGGAUCAAAGCAUCAUCCAUCAUGUUUGUGAUGAGCACAAGGAGUUCAAAGACAUGAAGCUGUUUUACCGCUUCAGGAAAGAUGACGGAACGUUUCCUCUGGACAGUGAGGCUAAGGUUUUCAUGAGAGGCCAGAGGAUAUAUGAGAAAUUGAUGAAUGCAGAGAACAACCUGCUUAAGACACGUGAAGAGGAGGGCAUUCCUCAUGAGCGGACACUGGUGGCCUCUGAGUUUAUUGACUGGCUCUUGCAGGAGGGGGAAAUGGCCACCAGAGAGGAAGCGGAGCAACUUGGGCGGAGACUGCUGGAGCAUGGAAUCAUUCAGCAUGUCACCAACAAGCACCACUUUGCAGACGGUGACCUCCUCUUUCAGUUCCGGAUGAAUUUCCGCCGCCGCCGGCGACUGAUGGAGCUGCUGAGCGAGCGAACACGCAUGAUUUUAGACAGCCACGACAGCCCAUUCUGCCUGCGCAAACAGAACACAGACAGCAGCAACAACAGCUUCCUCUCUGUGAGCCCCACUAAAGAGAUUAAGGUGGUGUCAGCAGUGAGGCGCAGCAGUAUGAGCAGUAGUUGUGGCAGCAGUGGUUAUUAUAGUAGCAGUCCCACACUGAGCAGCAGUCCUCCUGUGCUCUGCAACCCCAAAUCUGUGCUGAAGAGACAAGUCAGCCCAGAGGAGCUACAGACUCCAGGCGGGCCAUUCAUAAAGAAGACAGUCACUAUCAUAGGUGAUGCAGUGGGUUGGGGUUUCGUGGUCAGAGGAAAUAAACCCUGCCACAUCCAGGCUGUUGACCCCAGUGGACCUGCUGCUGCAGCAGGGAUGAAGGUGUGUCAGUUUGUUGUGUCGGUCAAUGGGCUGAAUGUGCUGAAUCUGGACUACAGAACUGUCAGCAACCUCAUUCUCACAGGACCCAGGACUGUGGUCAUGGAGGUCAUGGAAGAGUGUCAGUGAAAUCGUCAGCAGAAAGUUCUAGAGAACAGCAGAGAACGAGUCAUUGGACGGCAUGUCAUCACUGUUGGUCUUAUCACUAUUCAUUCAAAAUUUGGGUUCAGUGACACUCCUUCCUGUUUGUGCAUCACAGCAAUCUCCAAGAGACUCAUUAUGAGGACGUUAUGAUGACAGAGGGGAAAAAGGGAAUUGUGUCAAAUCAUGUCAUUGUAACAAACUGUGUACAGAUGGGAGAAAAUGUUCUACACAGAUUUAUGAUAUGCUUCUUGAGUAUGGGAAUCCAUUCCUAACCGUUUUGUAUGUAGCAUUCAAGUGAUGGCCAAGAGCUUCAUUCAGGCUUGAGCGAGGUUUGAGUAGCUGAGCGAGGCUAACAGUAACACACUGUUGUGUUGCAGUGCUACAGUGCAGUCAUGCAUGGCUCACAAAGUGUUGAUUCCACACAUUUUCAGGACUAAGUGUCAAUAGGUCAUGUUUUGAGACUCCUGAACGGUCUUUAAUUAGGAUUUAAAAGGGAUAAGCUUUACCUCGGCAGUGCCAGAAAUGUCAGUUUUUUUGCAUCCAUAAACUUUAAUGAAGAAAAAUGUUGACGUUCAGUAGAAGAACAGCACUUAUAUGUGACUUUCAUGUCUGUGAUUUUUGUAAAUUAAGACCCUUUUAAAACAUCAUCAUGAUGUAACCCAUAUUUACACUGCAAAAAAUGUUAUCUUCGCAAGUGAAAAUAUCUUUAUUAUAGUCAAAUUGAUCAAGUAUUUCCUAAGAUUACACUCAACAAACUUUAAGAUUAUUAAACCCAUUUCUAGACAUUUGGGGGGGGGUUGUGCGUUUGUUUUUACUAAUUUCAAGCUUUACAUUUUAUAUUCUUAUUUUAUUAGCAUAUCAUUUUGCUUCUGUUUAGAAAUACAUGCUUAAAAUUAGCAAAAUUAUCUGCCAGUCGAACAAAAACUAUUUCAAGCUUGAGAUUAUUAAAAAUGUCUAAUUGCAUUAAUAAUCUUUAUGUUGUAUAUUGUAAACAUAUAACAGGAAAUACUCGCUAAAUUUGACUAUAUUCAGCUCUAUCGAUAUUUCCACUUCCUAAGAUGCACAGUGGUGCUUGAAAGUUUGUGAACCCUUUAGAAUUUUCUAU